GCCGAGCCCGCGGACCGGCCCCGGGCCGUCCCGGAGCCGUCUCAAGUUUGUUGCUGGCGUGCAUCCGCGUACCUAGGGUCGGGCCGGCUGCUACCGGCGCAAUAAGGAAAAUUGUCAACCAAGUAUUUUUGUCGCGGAACGAGGGUGCUGAGGAUUGGGCUUGAACUGCUCGUGAAUUCCAGCCGAAGAGGGACCAAAGAAGUAAACAACACACCCUUUGUGGAAGUGACUGACAUGUUUGGAGGGAUAUGUACAAUAGUUAAAAAGUAAAAUCGUGUUUAAAGGUGCCUCAUUUUUCUACCACAAAGAGAUUCCCUGGAUCUUGCUGACAUUUGCUUUCGCCUGGAAGUUACAGAUGCUGUCACCCUAGAUUCCUGACUUUUAAAACAUCAGUCUUUAACUGCACUGCUAAGACAAUCAGGUCAACUAUGAAUUGGAAUGCAAAACCAGAGAGUACUACUUUACCUCCACCAUAUCCUAAAAGCCAGGCAUCUAUUUUGCAGCAGUAUUUAAUACACCAACCUCCCACGGCAUCGCAAAGUUCUAUCAUCUAUCCUGCAAAUAACCAAGAAGCAUGCAUGUAUUCCAGUAAUCCAAAUUCAGUUUCACAACCACUUCCAAAUAUCAGAAAUUAUAAAACUCCUCAAAUCCCUGUUUCUAAUAUGCAUAAUAGGACAGUUGUGACCUCACAGACUAAAGUUGAAAGAAUUACAUAUGGAAAUGUUAAAGGACCUCAACAACCAACUCAUAAUUUGCAGGUAUCUUCAGGAAUAAUGCAAAAUGUAUGGUUGAACUCACCAAUAAGGAAUUCUAUGUCUUCUCAUACAGAGGCCAUUGUAUCUCAUCAGACUGAUUUUGGAGCUAAUAUGCUUUAUGUGCAUGUGCCACAGAACCAGCUUUUGACAUCAGAUACCUAUUCUAUGCAACUACAAAUGACUCCUUCAAAUUCUGUCAGAGAUCCUGUAACUUGUCAAGGAAAUCAGGGGCUUAACCAUUCAGUACCAGAUCAAUUGGUUGACUGGGCACAACAGUACACAUCCAACGAACUGACAUACCCAGAUUGUAGAGCACAUCCAAAGCAGUAUUCUUACUCACCACAAGGCUUUUUGCAAGAUCCCACUGUUCAGAAACAAAACAUUAUGCCAUCUACAUCAUUACAAGUUAAAAAUAAUCAACUUUCAACUUCUGCACAGACUUUACAGGCAAAGCAUUUAGUCCCUGUGUCCUUUCAAUAUGCCAUGGACACCAAUAGAAGACCCCCUCCUCCCUCUUACAACUGUAGAUUCGGGAGCCAGCCUGGACAAGCUCCUCAGCCUGCUGUCAAACACUUGUCUGUAGAAAUCCCUCAGAGCUCGGAAGUGCACUCAUCUGAGCAAAGGAAAGAUCUUUGUAAACGCUUUCAACAGCAGUGGCAGAACGCUAAUGAAAAUAGUGGUACCAUUGGAAAUGUUUGUGAGUUUAAUGUCAAACAACCAUAUAAUGAGCCGGUUAGAUCCUCUGUAGAGGGUGCUCAGACGCCUACUCAAAAUAAUCAAGAGAAAAAAUUGUAUUCAUGCAAUACUAAUGCAAAUCUGGUACUGGACACAAAUAUCACAAAAGAAAAGUUAGUGAGAGAUAUUAAAUCAUUAGUAGAAAUUAAGAAAAAGUUUUCAGAGCUUGCAAGGAAAAUUAAAAUCAAUAAAGAUCUUUUGAUGGCUGCUGGUUGCAGUAAAGCAGCGAACAGCUCUUAUGGCGAGCCAGCCCAACACUGUGAGUUCUCAACAAAAGGAAUGCCCGCUAAGAGCGACAGUCACUGCUCCAUGGAAUUGCUUGCAACAUGUCUUUCUCUGUGGAAAAACCAGCCUCCAAAACCCACAGGGGAAAAAGCCUUAAAAUCCUCAGAGGAAGAGCGUUGUAGCAAGUCAGGAGCCAACAUAGCAACAGACAGAAGUGCAAAGCCUGUGGAAGUUAAGAGCCUUUGCUCUGCUGAGGGAAAUUCUCAGAAAACGGUGAACCCAUCACAAACAGUUUUGUCAGUGGUAACACAGAGUUAUGAGUCUUCCGGUGGUACUGUUGCAAAAGGGACAGAGCUCCAGAUUGCUGUGGUAUCUCCCUUAAUCCUUUCCAGUGUCAAAGCCUUACCUGAGAAAGGGGUAGGCUCUGUUGGCCCACUAUAUCCAGUUGUUAAGGAAGGGAGCGUUUGUACUUUACAAAACCAGCUGGCAGAAGAUACAACAUUAGCUGCUGCUUUGAACUUCGAUGUUAAGGUACCAGCAGCACAUGGUCCAUUGGCUGAAGGGUCGCUGCCAGCUCAGAAGGAGAAGGGUUAUGAGUCACUACAGGAAUACCCACAGGUCACAAGGGAUGCCAGCCCAGGGAAGCUCCUUGCACUUGACGAUCAGCAGGCCUUGCCCAAACCAAGUGACAGCACUGUUGCAAGUGGGCACACGUUGCAGAUUGAAAGUAUUUGUUCUCUUGCUGAAGGUGAUGUAUCCUAUAAUUCCCAGAUAGCAGAGAUAUUCAAUUCCUUCCCUUUGAAAAAUGAUGUGCUCCAGAAACCUCUUUCACCUGGUCAGCAGUUAGUUAGCAGCCAACAAAAGGAACAAGUAGGUCACACCACUUCAAACAAUGUCUUUGGUUUCCGGGAAGAUAAGAGUGUGCAGUGUACAGGUAACCCUCAUGAGGUGAUGGGGCGGCCAGCAUUCCUGCAGUCUCUGCAGCCAUCCACAUUGGAGCACGCUGAGGCAGACAGAGAGACUGUGGAGGAAAGCAAUUUGGAGCUAACCACUAAGACCGAGAGCACAGCUAAGCAUGCAUGUGGUCCACCAGCUGCUCCUCAGCAAGAUCCUUGCCCUCCGGAAGAGGAGGUUUGCCCCAGUCAUUUUGCCCAAGAUCCCAUAGUAGAUGAGAUGUGUGAUGAAAAAGAGCCUGUUCUAUGCCUGCAUGACCAGCUGUCAGAACUCUUGAAGGAGUUUCCCUAUGGUAUUGAAGCUGUGAGCAGACGUGAAGGUUGUGUGGGCCAACAAAAGGCUGAUCAAAUCUUGGAAAAUCAAACACGUGACAAAACUGGUUGUGUCUCUGAGGACAACACAGACCAAAUACAAAUUACAAUAUUAAGCUCAGAACAAAUCAAGGAAUUGUUUCCUGAAGAAGACAGUCAACCCUGUGACAUAGGCAGAUUGGCAGAACCUGAGAAAGAAACAGCUGUCGCAGAAGUGGGGAGCUUGUGUGACCCACAAGCCCUUAGUGGAGAGAGUUGUGAUCCUAUUAUGUUGGAUUCUGAGAAAGACAAAAUCCACUGUUGCGCAUUGGGCUGGCUCUCAAAGGUCUACGAGGGCGUACCCCAGUGUCGGUGCGGUUCCAGCAAGAGCGCAGGCUCGGAGGGGGAGGGAGAGAACGAGAACAAGAACGGCCAGGGUUCUCCUUUGGAAACCAACAGUUGCAGACAAAUAGAUGGAGAUGUUGCUGUUGUUGAAGUUAAUAGUGUUAAAAAUAACCUAAACACUCCUUUGACCUUAGCAGAGGAAGGUCAUCCUGAAACACAUGGCAAUAAUUUAAAAACGUCUAAGAAAACACAGAACAACAGUUCACUAAGGACCGAACCAGAAGUGAUUAGUCAACUUUCACUUAAGUGUGAAAGCAAGGAUCGAAAAGAUACAUCUAAGAUAAACCAGGGCAGUUCACUAAAAAUAGGACAAAAAAUGACUAGUCAGUUUCCAUCUAAAUGUGACAAACCAGAUCCCUUAAACAGUCAUUCAAGAAAGAAAGCCCUAAAAUUUUUUGAUGUAAGUUUCAAUUCCUGUAAUAACAGGCCUACAUUUUCUGAACAAGUACCUCAGGAAAGCUUGCAGAAGAAACACAGUCCUCAAAACUCAGGUCUGCUAAAAGCACAAGGACAUCUUUUGCCAAAGAAAGAUCUGUGUAGGAGGAAUGGCUCACUGGUUCUAUCAGCAUCACCAGAAAAGAAAAAAUUGAAAUUCAAAGCAGGUGGCUCCAAACUAAAAUACUUUGAAAAAAGAAAGACAGACCAUGGGAUCAUAUCAGAUUUGGAAAUAAAAAAGAAAAAAUACGAAAAACAAGAUCAACCCAAGAAUGUGGGAGGCACAGUCAGCCUGUGCAGUACACCAACAAGCCCAGAUGAGCAAUCCGGUGUUAAAGAAAAGAUGGUAUCAAAUUCUGAACCCUCAGACCUGAAAAGUCGGUCCUCCAAGACUCCUAGAGUGAUAACAGUGAAAGAAUAUUUGCAGAGGCAGAAAAACAAAGACAUAAUAAGGAACAAUGCUUCCAAAAGCUGUGUGAGAAAUGUGCCAUGUGGCUCUGAGCAGGAACCCAGUCAGCUGCUCGCACCAGCGGGCUGGGAGAAGGGAGCGGGGAAAGAUAGCAACAGUGCAGAGAGCUUGAGAGAACUGGGCCCCGCGCCGACAAGCAGCGGCAAGAACAAAGCCGAGGACCCUAAGACAUGUGAUGUAUCGAAGAGAGUCCAAGGAAAAGUUGAUGGGAAGCCACCUGACAAAGCGUGGUUUGAUAAGACCGAUUCCGAGAAAAGACUGGCCAACGUGAGCAAUGAAGCUGAGUCUGGCCAGCUGCUUCGCCAGGCAAAGGAACAAAGGAAACUGUAUCUGAACAGAGUUGCAUUUAAGUGCACUGAAAAAGAAAGCAUUUGUCUCACCAGAUUGGACAGUGCAUCCCAGAAGGUUAGUAAAGACAGGAAGAGCCAUGAAAACACACCUAAGACAGAUGAUGUGAAAAAACCUAGCCUGCUGGAAUUUAAAUUAUGCCCAGACACGCUAUUGAAGACUACAAACUCUGUUGACAAGCCGGACAACCCAACUUCUGGGAAGGAUCCAGCAUCCUUGCAAGUUUCAGGAAUAAAAAGUACAAAAGAAGACUGGUUAAAAUGUGGACCUACAAGGACAAAGGCAUCUGAAACCAGCCAAGAAAUAGAUAAUGCAAAUUCAAGAGUCUCCAAGAGAAGCUUCAGUGCCGAUGGAUUUGAGACUGUACAAAACCCAGUAAAAGACUCAAAUACCAUGUUCCGGACCUAUAAGCAGAUGUACCUGGACAAGAGAAACAGAAGUCAGAGCCUUGAAAGCAGUUCUGUGAAGUAAUCGCAGGACCUGAGGGUUUUGUAGUUGCUGCCAGGAAACCCCUGGUCUUUUCUUUUCAGGAUCCUUUGCUGGAAAUAAUAACUCAGGAUUGUUACAAUAAGGCUUUUUCAUUGAUGCUGCAUAAUUAAAACAAUUUGAUACCUGUCUGUAAGCAGACUAAAAAUAAAUGGCAUGUGAUAUUCUGCCUUGUUGAACCAUACUUGUUGGCGUUUUAAGAAAGCUUAUCUGGUGAGAUGAUGGACAUCUGUAAUCCUGUUACUGGGGAGGCGGAGGUAGGAGGAUUAGGAGUUCAUCUCACAGCUACUUCCUGAGUUCUGGGCCAGCCUGGGCUACAUGGGACCCUGUAUCCAAAAACAAACAAGGGGGUUGUAGCCAAAGUCUUGUUUUGAAAUGCUAACUCCUGAAGUAACUCUAUUGGUUGAAGACAUGGUUAUUUUGACUGGCACUGUAAAUAUAAUUUUGUUUCUAAGCUACAUUAGCACAACUUUCAGAAAUGCCCACUGUGAAUGUCAAAGUAUAUUUUACGUAUUUUGUACUUAAUUGUAGUUUUUUUUUUUUCUUCAGAAGUCUUGUUUUAUACUUGUUAAAUUGAACACAAAUUUUGGAUGUCUGGACAUUACUUUUCAUACUUGAAAUA